GACGCUGUCUCUCUCUCUCGCGCGCGCACACGCGCAUGCCCGACGGCCUGUAGCGGGCUAGGAGGCAAGGGAGGUGCCACUGGGCGCGGCGGCAUCAGGGACGCGGAAAGGCACGCAGGCAGACAAGAGGCUGCUGCUACCUACGCUAGCUAGCACGGCCCGUCCCGGGGCGAUGCUCCGAGCCUACCCGUAUCCCUCUCUCUUCUCUCUCUCUCUAGUAGCGGCACGCACGUCUGCUGGCCGACGCUCUACUCUACUAAGGGCAGACAUACCGCGGCAGGCAGGCAGGCAGGACAGCGACGCAAGGCAGAUCCGCUGCGCCGAGGCCAGCACGAUGGUCUCGCGAUGUCGUACGACCCGGCGCCUGGUCUCAUUGCCCCCCCCCCCCUCUCUCUUCCCUCUUCCCACUCCCACACAGUGAAACGCUGAG